AUGGGACCGGAUGAUUGGGAAAAUUUCAAAAGAAUAUUACCCUUUAUUCCAUUGGAUGUUUUUCUAAAAAUAAAUUUUACCGAUCCACAAAUAAUACAAUAUUUUGGACAAGCACCGAUGCAACCAAAUCAAUUGUCAUUAAUUGCCGAAAUAAUAAAUGAAAAUUUCGAUUCAAAUUUAUAUGAGAAUGUGACAUCCAUAGCAAAUUUGGGAAAUAUAUUUUGUGAAUUAAUCAUGAGCAGGUUUUUUAUAAACAUGACAAAUUGCAGCAUAAACAAAUUGAAUUAUUUAGGACAACUGGCACAAAAUUAUGAAAUAUUAGGACCCUCAAGAACUUGGGAUUUAAAUAAAAUUGAAAUUGUUGGAUCCAUAUUGGCUGGAUUAACCGAACAACAAUUUCGUGAAUUGCAAAUUGAAGCAUGUAAAGGAAUUAAACCAAAUGUUAUUCGAAUGAUACCAGAGAAAAAACUUAAGAUAAUAAGUACACUUAAAGUGUCACAACAGUAUCAAUUAACGUAA